UUUAGUAGCUAUUAAUAGUUUCCUUCUCUCUCUUCGUUUCUUUUUUUUUAUUUUACCUUUUUUUUCCCUCUCCCGCCGAAGGAUUUAAUAAAUUUAUGAGAGGCCGAUCUCGUAGCCAUGGCCUCUGAUCCCCCAGGAGGAACUCUCUUGGAUAACAAUGCUGAUAUUUCAGCAGUUCCUAUCCAUAUUGUGAACCAUGCUUCUCAACUUCCAGCAGAAUUUCUUGAUCCUUCAUCUGAAAAGCUGCUGGUCAUUGGUUUUGAUUGUGAAGGCAUUGACCUUUGUCGACAUGGAUCUCUCUGUAUAAUGCAGCUUGCAUUUCCGGAUGCUAUAUACUUGGUUGAUGCUGUUGAUGGUGGGGAAGAAGUUGUGCAAGCCUGUAAGCCCGCACUUGAAUCUAGUUACAUAACAAAAGUCAUUCAUGAUUGCAAGCGGGACAGUGAGGCUUUAUAUUAUCAGUUUGGCAUCAAAUUACACAAUGUUGUGGAUACCCAGAUUGCAUAUUCUUUGAUAGAGGAGCAAGAGGGAAGAAAACGAGCACCUGAUGACUACAUUUCUUUUGUUGGUCUUCUCGCUGAUCCUCGCUAUUGUGGCGUCUCUUAUCUUGAAAAAGAGGAAGUGCGUAUCCUUCUGAGGCAGGACCCUAAAUUUUGGACUUACAGACCAAUGUCCGAAAUGAUGAUCCGUGCAGCUGCUGAUGAUGUUCGUUUUCUGCUAUCAAUUUAUGACAAAAUGAUGGAGAAGUUGAAUGAAAAAUCCUUAUGGCAUCUUGCAGUUCGUGGAUCCCUCAACUGUAGAUGUUUCUGCUUAAGUGAUAAUAGCUAUGCAGAUUGGCCAUCUUUGCCCCCUUUGCCAGACAGCCUGGUCUCUGAAGGUUAUGUUCCUGAAGAGGAGAUACUGUCUGUGUUGGAUGUUCCUCCUGGCAAAAUGGGACGAGUUAUUGGAAGGAAAGGAGCUUCUAUAUUGGCAAUAAAGGAAUCUUGCAAUGCUAAGAUUCUACUUGGUGGUUCCAAGGGUCCACCUGACAAGGUUUUCAUCAUUGGACCUGUGAAGCAGGUGAGGAAAGCGGAGGCCAUCAUCAGAGGACGGAUGCUGGAUAUCUAGUUAGCCCUGCAAACAAAUAAAAGAGCGCAAAACAUUCAAAAAUCUCCUUUCAUGCUUCUCCUUGAUGUUAAAUAUUAAAAUGUCAUGGAUCGAGUAGGGUUAUGUACCGAGUCAAAAUCCUUUCUGACUAUGUAGUUUGCUGGUAAUAUGUCAUGUUUUAACUUUGUUGAGGGAUAACUUGUGAAAACCAAAAAUAAUUCCCAUCAGACAUGUUUCUCAGAGUUUUAUCGCAUGGUUUAUGAGAUAAACCGAUACAAAGAGCUAAACAUGAUUGGCUAGGUGCAGUUUGUUGAAA